UUGACUCAGUGAGAACCAGUGAGAACUGAGAAAUAAAAUAAAUACUCUGGCUAGAGGAAAGAGUUGGGGUUUAUAUUUAAAGUUUAAAUAUCAUGUACCAAUCUAUCUUAAGAUAAAAGUAAGUUCCAUCUAAAUAUGAUGUCAAGAAAUUUGCGUAAAAUCAUUAAAUUAUCGCUGUUUAGUGGCGUAACCAUUGGAAGCGGUUUUGUGGCUCUGAAAUAUCAUGAUGCUGAUUCCUUGGCGAUAGUGAGACUCAGUAGGACCGCAUACACUGCCGUGGACAUUGGGAGAACUUACCAGUCUAUGUUGUACAGCAAGGAAUGGGACAAAAGUUCCAAAGAGUAUAUGCAACUCAAAAGUGAAGCUCACCAAAUUGGGGCAGAGAAAUUGCUUAAAUUAUGCAGGGCCAACAAAGGUGUGUAUAUCAAAGUUGGCCAGCACGUUGGCGCUCUUGACUACUUGCUACCCAAUGAGUACGUGCAGACAAUGCGUAUUUUACAUAAAGAUGCUCCUAAGAAUACUGUUGAAGAAUUGUACACUGUUAUAAGGGAGGAUCUGAAACAGGAUCCUGAAGAAUUGUUUGAAGAAUUUGACCCUGAGCCGUUAGGGACUGCCUCCCUCGCACAAGUUCACAGGGCAAAGUUAAAAGAUGGAUCUGAAGUAGCUGUUAAAGUACAGCACCAUUUCGUGAGAAAGAAUACAAAGUUAGACUUAAAAUGGAUGGAAUUCAUCAUAAAUACAAUGUCAAGAGUGUUCCCAGACUUCCAAAUGCAAUGGCUGAUUGAGGAAACGAAAAAAAAUAUUGCAAAGGAAUUGGAUUUCUUGCAAGAGGGCAAAAAUGCUGAGAUGGUUUCAGAGUUGUUCAAAAAUUACACAUGGCUCAAAGUGCCCAAGAUCUAUUGGGAUUACAGUACAGAAAGGGUUCUAGUGAUGGAGUAUGUCAAUGGAGGGCAGGUCAAUGAUGUGAACUACAUAGAUAAACACAAAAUAAGCAGGCCUGACUUGUGUACAAAGUUAGGUGACCUGUACUCGCACAUGAUAUUUGUGACUGGCUUCGUACACAGUGACCCGCACCCCGGGAACAUCCUAGUGAAGAAGGAUCCUCAAGACAAAGAUGUCACCGUUUAUUUACUGGACCAUGGUUUGUAUGCAAAAUUAUCAGAAAAGUUUCGCUACCACUAUUCGAAACUAUGGCUCGGCAUUAUAGCCAGAGAUAGAGAACAAAUGAGGGUGCAUGCAGAACAGUUGGGUAUUGGGAGUGACCUGUAUGGACUGUUUGCUUGUAUGGUCACAGGCAGGCCAUGGGAUGUGAUAAUAAAAGGCAUCGAUAGAACCAAGCCGUCAUCUGUGGAGAAAUCAACAUUCCAAAAUGAGUUACCAAACUUCUUAUACCAUGUGACUCAGUGUCUUGAGCACGUCGACCGACAAGCGUUGCUCGUACUGAAGACAAACGAUUUGAUCAGGAGCAUAGAAUAUACUCUGGGCAUGCAGGAGAGGAUGUGUGGCUUCAUGGUGAUGACCAAGUGUUGUACGGAGAGCAUAUACAAGCUGGAAUUGAAGAACACGAAGUCACUACUAAAGAGACAGUAUCUCAACACAAAGUACGUGUGGUCAUUGUUUGUGCUUUACAUUUACGGGAUCUAUUUGUCAUUGAGGAUGAAUUUAAAUAUUUCUAGCUAGGAUUUGUACAUUCAGAGUCGAUAAUAUUUGUAUAGAUUGUAAAAAAUUCAAAUAUGAUUGUAAAUUACAUUGUAAGACAAGAUUUUUUAUGAGAUGUGUAAGUAUCUUGGAUAGUGACUGUUACCUAAACGACAAUUUGUACGCAAGAUAAAGCAAGUUAACCAAAUAUAUUUAUUAAGCUUAUGAUGCUUUAGGAUGUAAUGUUCUAUCAAUGUUACAUAAAAUGUAGUAAUGGGUUGCCCAUAUAGUUGUAAAUAUUAUUUUCAUAUGAUGAUACCAUAAUAAUAGUUAUUGUGAGAGGCUGAGCCUUAGUUUUUCUUGGGUCAGGGACAAAAUCUUGUGGAAAAUU